AUGAAGGAGUAUCAGAGGGCAAAACAAGAGGUUCUGUCCCUUCGAAGAGAAAAUUCAACUCUUGACACAGAGUGUCAUGAAAAGGAGAAACUACUAAACCAGUUAAGAACACGCAUUGCAGUCCUAGAACAAGAAGUGAAGGAUAAAGAGCAAGUAAUAAUAAGAAGCACAGAUGUCUGUGAAAGUGCACAAGAACACAAGAAAAAGUUGGAAGAAUCUCUGGAAAUGAAACAGCUUCAAAUUGGAAAAUUUGAAACCACUGUGAAGUCUAUUUCUGAGGAACUUCUGAAAGCUAAUGAAAUUAUCAAAAAGCUCCAGGGAGAGAUGAAGAAACUAAUGGAGAAGAUGAAGUUAAAAAAUGCAGUGACACUGCAACAAGAAAAAAUAUUAGGAGAAAAAGAGCAAAUUCUUCAAAAGGAGAGAUUGGAGCUUAAUAAUGUGAAACAGGCCCUUCAACAAAAAGAGGAAGAGGUCUUGAAGUUGCAAGAGCAGCUGGACAUCACUGUUCAGAAAUUGGAAGAAAGCAAACAGCUGCUGAAAACUAAUGAGAAUGUAAUUUCCUGGCUAAAUAAACAACUGAAUGAGAAUAAAAUUGUAUCUAUGCAUGGGGCAUCAGGUCACAGUGAUAUGCCAUGUGCUGGAAGUGCCACCAAUUCAGCAGCCUUGCAGAAUGGCCUGCCUCGGCUUCUACUUUAUAACAGUCCUUUCUCUGUCCCUGUGAUGCCUCCACCAAUUAGCACUGCUUCCCUUUCUAAUAACUAUAAAGGCUCUGUUCCUCUGCGAAUGAAUAUCCCAUGUGCGGUCACCAGUGCUGCAAGAUAUAAUCCACAGGUACGCAUCAACUUAUCAGCAAAUUCCACCAGCACUCCAUUACAUGAGACAAGACCUUGUCCACCAGCCUCCACUCCUUUAGUGCCCCCAAACUCAGGCCAUGUUGAGCCACCUGGUUUAGACAUGAAAUAUUUGAAGAAAGAUGGCAACUUGCCUUUGAGAGGACUAAAACCUUUGUCUGUAGCAAGCACAGUGUUAUCAAGAACUAUGUUACCCAAGGAAGGAAAUCCACCUGUAAUAUCUGCCUACUUCCCAGGGCAACAUACUAGACUUCCUGCAUCAUAAGUGCCAAUUUUAUUAAGAGGUUGCACAUGUUAAUGGAAGCAGCAUCAAAUAUAUGCAUCUGAUAUAGCUUGUCUAAUGUAAAAGAAAAAAGAGGUGCUUGAGCAACACUGUCAUAAAUUUGACUUUAUAGUCCGUCUGGACUUGGUUACUCUUUUCUGUAAAGUCUGUGCUCAUCAAAACUGCCAAAAUAUGGUCUGGAGGUAAAGCCAGCUAUUAAAAAACCUAAUGAUUUCAUUUCUAGAAUGAAGUCUUUAAAAUGAGUUGAUGUUUUUUAUUUAUUUUGUUUAAUAUAAAGCAGUAGCUGAUUGAUUCUUCAAAGACACAAAGCUGUGCAGGCUGAAUGAAAGCAUUUAUUUCAUGUGCUUUUGGUGCUUAGAUCUGUGUGUAUGCACACACCUUAUUACUACAGGAUGUACCAGUUUUCCCCCCUUCUGCUUAGAAGUGGUUUUUGUAAUCCUCAAAUUGUGAAUUUCUAAGAACAACUUUUUAAAAAAAUGGCAAAUUACAGCAGGAAUACUCCAAUAUGUGUGCAAUAUUUAUUCUGUGACAUACUAAAGAUGACCUCUAUUGAUGACUCUGUGUGGGGGGGAAAAAUGAUUUCUGCAAGCCAGAGUUUUUGUUGUUUGUGGUGGUUUUUAACUGCAUUCUGUUUGGGAUUUUUUUGCACGAAAACUCUUCAAAACUUUGAAACACCCAUUUUAUAUUAGCUAUGCAAAGACUACAAAGUUAAAGUGCCUAUUUUAUUAUGUAUUUUAUAACUGGAGUCAGACAGUUAUCUAAUGUUUCUAUUUUUAAUAGAUAUUUGCAUCUAAUAUUUACUCUCAAAACUUGGACAGUUCUAGUAACAGACAACAGAUUCAAUGAAUUCUAGAUGCUGAAAAUUUUUGUACUGUACCAUUCUAAAAAUUGUAAGUUUUGAUAGAUUAGGAUGGAUACACACUCUCAGUGGGUGCAAUUCCAUUUACUUUUAUCAUUUCUUUAUUUGACCAUUUGUUCUCCAGACCGUUUUAAAUCAAACAUAUUGAAUCCACCUUUUUCAAAAAGUUUAAAAACUGGGGUCUAUUGGCAAAAUGUUAUAAGAUGUGUAUUUUACGUGAAACUCAAUACAACCAACCCAUUUUGUGAGAGAGUCAAGAUGUCAGUGGAAGAAUCUGCCUUUCACCUGAUAAGGGUUUGCCCAUAUAUGUUCCUACAUAUCUACGGGUCAUUUUCUCUCCUUCCCCCACACACUUAUAUUUUAUAAAAGAAAAAAAAUUAGGGUCCUUGUCCUGACUUCUAAGAAAUGAUACAGAUAUCACUUCAGUGUCUCCUCCCAUUUUCAGACAGUUGUAGCUUGAUCUGUUGUGAGUAAAUAUUUGCAGUCUCAACAGAAAGCAUAGUUUGCAGUUGAUACUGAAAUAGCUUUGAUCUAUCAUUUUUUCCUUUUGAUUCAAUAGUCUACUUUUUGGGAGACAUGAAACUGGUCAUUGGAUUAUUAAAGUGAGACAGAUCUGCUCUAAAUUGAUGCACUACUGUAAUCUUCAAAAUAAUGUUAAAAUGUAAUACCUGGAACUCUGCAGUUUAAUUUUCAUGUCAGUAUUAUAAAUGUUAACCUUUUUCUAAACUUACUUUUCUUGUAGAGCAUAUAUGAGGUUGUGGGGAGCAGCAGCGGGUUAACCCUAAUUACUGUCCAUGUUAUACCAUACUUUCAUUUCUGGAACUUUCAAAUGCAUCUCAUGUUUGGAUCCAGACAAAAUUGGGUAUUCAUAAUUGCAGUGUUUUUUGCUUGACCUCUUCCUCUGUGGGUUAUUUUAUGAGAGAGGAUUUUGCAUGUCUCAAAGAACUGUCCAAGGGUUUGGAAUGUGCCUCACCUGUCACUUGAUGCCUAACCUGUGUUUCAAUGUGUUGUCUGUCUUGCAGCAUGUCAAAUGUGUGUAUAAAAAUGUUACAUUU